GUGUCUUUCGCCUUCACGUCCCCUACCAAGGAGUAUACUUUGCGCCGUUCAGCUCUCCAGCUUUCUAGCCCUAUAGAGCCGGCAGUGACGACGGAGACUGCAUUCCCCUCACAGCUUUUCAUUUUCCGAGAGCUCGUACAAGUACAUUUGCUUUGGUUUAGGUGCUCGAGCUUUAGCUUGACUGCUAGCAGCUCUCCAUAAAUUGGGAGAGCCUAAACUCGCCCUUCUCGCGUCCUUUGUUAUAGAUAAACUUUGAGCGCCAUGCUGCAGCGCAUUUCGCGCGCCGCGCUGGCGGUUUUCCUACUAGCGUCCAUCGCUAGUGCUCUCGCUCAUGGCGAUGAUCACGAGAUGGAUAUGAACAUGGAUAUGGAUCAUAUGGAUAUGGGCGCCUCGCACGAAAAUGCGCAACCAGAGAAUGGCGACGACUCGCCCAUGAGUUAUUUUGCCUACGGACAGUACACUGGAUGGAUCGUGGCACACAUUGCCCUCAUGGUAGUCGCAUGGUGUUUCGUGUUACCAACAGCUAUUAUGUUGAGCGUCGCCCGGUCCCGCAUGGCGCUGCUGUCGCAAUUCAUUUUCCUCGUGGUGAACGCGGUCGGUUUGUUCGUCGGUAUUGUCUACAACAGCCAAACCCCAGAUCUCUAUGAGAAUAAUGCCCACCACAAGAUCGGCUGGGUCGCGACCUGGGUGAUCUCUGCUCAGGUCGUGAUGGCUCUGAUCUUCGCCUACGCCGGUAGAGGAGAGAAGGUAGAGAAUGCCUACGAGCGUGCGCAAUUCUUGCCCGUGUCGACCGACGACAUGGCCGAGACUCCUACGACUCUCCCCGCUGGCAUUCGCCAUGAAUACCGCUGGUCGAGGGACAGCGGUCAGGGCACUGAGCGGAACACGGCGUCCCUUCAUAGCCGCGCUAGCUCGUCUUGCCCGUCGCCUUCGGAUGAAUACGAUGGCUUUGAGAAGCCCGACGAGGAUAUCCCCGAACAGUCUUCGGAAUCCCGAGGUUUCAUGCACACCGGCGUCCUCGACCGAUUCCUUGCCAACCGCGUUCCGAGCUUGGUUUCCGUCCGUGCUCUUCGAAUCCUCAAUUUCGUGUACAAUGUCAUUGACAGAUUGAUUCUGCCGCUUGGUUCUAUUGCGCUUGUUAGCGGCGGCGUGACUUACGGUGGUAUCAUGCGAGACAGAGAAGUCUUCAACGGCCUCGCGCACUUCAUCAAAGGCGGUAUCUUUUUCUGGUACGGUCUCAUCACCUUGGGCCGCAUGAUGGGCUGCUGGGCGGACUUGGGCUGGGCUUGGAAUGUUAAGCCUCCGCGCGAGAUUGUUGGCUGGAAAGCCAAGAUUCGCAGCGGCGAGUUCACCGAAUCCGCGGCCAUCUUCUCCUACGGCGUGAGCAACGUCUUCCUCGAGCACCUCGGCGGUUGGGGUGGGGCCUGGACCGCCACCGACCUUGAGCACGUAUCAAUCGCCGUCCUGUUCUUCGGGGGUGGCUUGUGCGGUAUGCUAUUCGAGUCGAAACGUGUCAGGAACUGGCUGAACAGCACCGUCUUGCGUGCUCCAUCUCGCCUGGAAGCGCACGAAACCGCCAAUGCCUGGAAUGCCCCUGACACUCAGGAGGUGUCGCUUAAUCCGAUGCCUGCGCUCAUCAUUCUCCUUCUGGGUAUGAUGAUGGGAGGGCAUCACCAGACUAGCAUGGUCUCUAGCAUGGUCCACAAGUCGUGGGGUAACAUGCUUAUUGGCUUUGCCUUGGCUCGUGGGGUCACGUACGUCUUGAUGUAUCUGAAGCCUCCAACCUCGUACCUGCCUUCUCGUCCUCCAACUGAGAUCGUCGCAUCGUUCUGCUUGAUUUCUGGGGGUCUCAUCUUCAUGCUGAGUACCCGCAAUGUUGUCGAGGCGCUGGAGUAUUACGAGCUCGAUGCAAUGUUCGCAACCAGCAUCGCUCUGGGCUUGACUGCUUUCAUCAUGGCUUGGGAAAUUGUCCUCAUUGCCAUAAAAGCUUGGGCUCUCAAGCGCCAAUCUCGCCCGCAGCUUGCCGCUUACCGAUUCCCAGCGUAG